CCUGCGAUGUUCCGCUUCGGACACUACAUCGACAAAAGAUCGCGGCAGCAAAAAGUAAUUCUUUGGCUGUUCCUAGUUCAUGCGACAGUGGCAGCAAUGUACUUCAUUCGGAUUCCGAAAGCGAUACCGACACAACGAUGGCUGAGCUUCCCAACGGAGACGACAAUGAGAUAUGUAGCCUGCACUCCGACUCGGAUAACUCUACAAAUCAAAGUUCAGACGGCAGCUACACCUCGAGCGACGACGACGACGACUGCGAGCCAAGGGCCGGCGAGCUAUCAGCUAGUGAACUGGAAGAGCCCUUGUACCAGGAUGCAAAGCUCUCAAGAAGCCAAAGUCUUGUCAUGGUGAUGGCACACAGCCUGCGGCAUCAUUCUUCCAAGGAAGCUACGGAAAGCCUUCUUCAGUUGAUUGAUGCGCAUAUGCCUGAAGGCACCCUUUUUCCAAAGACUAAGUUCUUGUUUUUUAAGAGCUUCUCCUCCUUGUAUGAGUGUGAGCGUGUGACUCAUGCAUAUUGCUCUGAGUGCUUAGAGUAUCUCACUGCUCUCCCAUGUGCAACAGCUGAAGUACAGUGCUCCAAGUGCUCGCUCAUGCACAAGGUAGAAGACAUUUUAGGGUCGGGCUCCUUUUUUCUAACUGUAGACAUUGACAGUCAGGUUAAAGAGUUGCUGUUAAGUGGAAAGAUAUCUCGUCACCGGAGUGGUGUUCAGUAUGAUGUCAAGGACAUUACUCAGAGUGCCUCAUACAACAAAUUACCUAUGACAGAAGAUGACAUAUCAGUAACCUGGAACACUGACGGUGUUCCACUGUUUGAGUCUUCAGGACACAGUGUGUGGCCUCUUCUUCUACAAGUAAAUGAACUUCCGUACAAAGAGAGAGUGAACAAGCUGUUGUUGUAUGGGUUGUGGUUUGGGGCAAAGAAACCAAGAAUGAACACCUUUCUGAGGCCUUUUACGCAAACAAUGAAUCGGCUUUCUUCAGAAGGAAUUUCUUGGUUUGAUGAAGGAUGUUCAUUGAAUAAGACAUGCCGCGUCUACCCCGGACCAUGCAGUGUGGACACAGUUGCGCGCUGCAUGCUUAUGAACAUGACCCAGUUUAAUGGUGCUUAUGGCUGUGCUUGGUGCGAGCACACUGGAGAAGUUGUGGAAAAGGGUAGAGGGCACACAAGGGUUUUUGCAAUGCAAGAACCUGCAGCAAAAUUAAGAACAGAUGGAAGCUUCUUGCGUUAUGCUCAAAGGGCACAGAGGACGGGGGAACCUUGCCGAGGCAUUAAAGGUCCAAGUAUUCUUUCUUUUAUGGCAUUUUUUAGCUUUUCUACAUCAUUUGUUGUUGACUACAUGCAUGCAGUGUGCAAUGGCUUUGUGAGGACUACAGCAUUUAUGUGGUUCAACAACAAAAGGGGCACUGGCUGUAGCCUCCGGCGUUACCUCCCCCAAAUUGAUGAAAGGCUGAAGCAACUAACUCCAGUUUGGGAGAUGAAUCGCUUGCCACGGUCACUCACAGAAAUGAAAUUCUGGAAGGCAUCUGAGUGGAGAGACUGGUUACUUUAUUAUUCUCCAUUUGUAUUGAAAGACUUCCCCCCAAGUAAUUGUUACAGAAACUGGACCAAGUUCGUUGUCAUUAUGCAUUUUUGUUUGCAGUCUACUGUUCCAAUGGACAAAAUUCCAAAGGUCAAAGAACUUCUAAUAGAGUUCCUGAGAGAGUAUGAACACAUUUAUGGGAAGGAGUGUAUGACCUAUAAUUCCCAUAUCCUUGUUCACAUGGUGGACAAUGUCAGGCAGUGGGGACCACUUUGGAGCUUCUCGGCCUACCCCUUUGAGUCUAUGAAUGGCAAGCUUGUGCGUUUUGUGAAUGGGACAAGAUAUGCCCAUUUACAAAUCAUUGAGAAAUUCUGUAUUUUGCAGAGUCUGCCGCAGGUUUUGUCUGCAACUAUGUAUUGGCAGAACAAAGACUUGAAGUCUUUUGUCAAGUCCUUGUUGAAAGGUUACAAACUAAGAAAGACGUGUAUUCAAGUUGGAAACAUAUUACUUUACGGAAAAGGAAUUCAGGAAGGCACCAGAAGGAAAUACAGAAAGGCUACAGUUGGUGCUUUCACCUAUUGUGUAGCUGCUAUGGAUAAGUCAAGAAGAAGAAACUCUUACAUUGUGGCAAAUGACAGUGUCUUUGGGCAUAUAAUUGAAAUCUUCACUAGCUGUGCAAGCCCAUCUUGCAGCAAUAGUGACCAUGUACUCUUUAAAGUAAAGAAAUUGCUUGUGAGGAAUGUUUUUUUAGCUUGCAUUGGUGACAGCGACACUGUUCCUUUUGUCAGUGUGGAGGAAACAAGUGAACAUGCCUCUGUACGAGCUUCUGAUGUCAAAAAGUGUAUUGUUAUGCGUUGUGCUGGCAUGACAGUCUUGUCUGUAAUACAUGAGGGGUGUAUGUUAGAAUCAAAUUGAGGAUAGGUGAUUACUGUGAAGAUUAACUUGCCGAGAUUCUCGAGCAAUUUGUUUUCAUAAGCCACUGCUACUUCAAAGUUGGCGAGUAGUUGUAGUGUUUAGCAGGCCAAAUGGCAUCUGUAGUUAGAAGCACUUUGUUUAUUUUGCCUCACACUUAAAAAAAACUGGACUUAAAGGGAGCGACAACUAACUUUAUGGUACCAGAUUUUUUUCGCUGUGAGGUCUACCAUCUAGGGCAUUGGUUGGCAAAAUAAACGAAAUUCGCUAAAGUUCACAAGCAUGUAGCCAGGAAGUUUUUUUUUUUUCAGCAGGGGGCCAAGCUUCUAGCCUUCUAAAGUGUCUGUUUUCCUGGGAUUAUACGAGGGUUGUUCAAGUCAAUCCGGGACUUUUUUUAAAAACAAAUAGAAGAACAAUUUCAAAUAUUGCUACAGUUCAGCAUAUAGUUGAGCAAUGAUAGUUGAAGUCAGAUAUAAUGAAAAAAAAUUCAGCUGUAAUUUAAUUCUCUAAGUACAGUAGUGACUAGUUUGAUACAGAAGUAGCUUCAGAGGCUCCACCCCUGAAUACAAGGAGAUGGUUAAUUUUUUUCCCCGUCAUCCUGUGCUAGCUUUAACACUAGUUAAGGAGGGAAGGUGUCUAAGGUCCGAAGUCGGCAUCCCUUGAUGACUCGAGUACAUGGUGGCAGCGCAAAGGAAGAACCAUUGUCCAGUAAAGAGAGACUUUAUUUACCUUCUGGGUCCAUGCCCAAACCUCUGCUCUUCCUCAUGCAACCCAAACAUGACUCUUUAAACUCUCAGUUGCAGAGUCACAAACCAGACUAUCACACAUGGGGAGUUCACACCAUUGCAACCACUAGCACCGAAGCUUUUGGGACGGACAUGGCAUUGGUCAAAAUGGCGACACAAUCUACAACAUGCAAGGGGAUAGGUUCCCAAAAUACACGUCUUUUCACUCUUCCCUUCGUUAGACCCUUCGUAUUGCCCUUGAUGUCCUUUGUCACCAAAGGCCAGGCUCAUUCUUGUACUUGUAGCCAUGAAUUGCAUGUAUUGUUCCCCUUUGUCUAUGCACCAACCUGAGGGCUUAACAUCUGUAAUCAGUUACCAUGCUGGCCGUGAGAAUGUUCCCAUGAGGCCACGGCUAUUGAUAUGUGUGCCUCACUUGGCCUUGAUGUCCUCCAGCACCAGAGGCCAGGCUCGUGCUUGCACUUGUAACCAUAAAUUGCUAGUGUCGUUCCCCAUUGUCUAUGCACCAGCCCAUGGGCUGAACAUCUGUAAGAAGCCAUCAUGCUGGCUGCAAGAAUGUUCCCACGAAGCCAUGGCUAUUGAUGAUAUGUGUGCCUCACAGUGGGCUGCCCUGCGAGCACAGAAAACUCGGUCAUUCCUUGCAGCUGUGGGCCAGGUUGCUUGAAUGUCCCGAACACUGUAAUUGUGAC